UUUUAAUUAGAUCCCUCAGAAACUUAUACCUCAAUCCUUGCCGCUCAAUCCAAGCAUGGAUUUUCCUGUUUUCUGUACGCAAUGGCCGAUUUGGAAUUUUCCAUUUGACUCGUAGAUUAAAGUUGGAUACUGUUAUUAAUAACUUGAUUGUACUUUAAUUGGCUUGUCCGAUAUUUAUUUAUAAUACACACAAAUUUUGGUUACUUUUAUAUCAGAAUCUUUAGCUGGUUGUUUUCUGCGUUUUCCUGCGUAAUUUCCGGUCCUGAGCGGAAGAAGCUUGUGCUUCUUUGAGCUCAUCGUGUUCGCUUCUUCCUUUUGGGAAAAUCGUUGCUUUGCGCGUUGAAACACCGUUAAAAGUGAGAUAAUUCUAGAGAGAGAAGAAGGUACAUUCCUUCCCGCGUUUUCCUUCUCAUUCCCAAAACCGUCAUUUUGUUUUCUGAAGCGUGCAAGCGAUUCUCAAAUCUAAACCCCGCCACAUUUCCUGGCCCCUAUCUGUUCUACAUCUGCUAACCUCGAAGAUUCUGUGGUAUUCUUAUCCUCGUGCUUGCUGGUUUAAGUCAGAUUUAUUAUUCUCGAGAGCUGUACUUGGAAAUUGGCCUUUUGCUUUACUAAUCGGACGAGAGAAAAUUUGAUUUCAAUUUAUCGAAGCAAUGGGAAGCCAUAUCAGCAAGAAGAUGCCUGAAUCGUCGUCUGCUAUUAUUGAUGCCAGUACUGAUAUGCAAUACGCAGCUGAAUUGAGCUCUUACGAAGCUGCCUGCGAGCUAGAUGCUGAUAUGCAGUCAUUUGACACUACCCUGCAUGUUAGAACGAAUCAUGUUAUAAAUACUCUUGCAGUUGGUGUGGAACUCCGAUCCCUUUCCUUUGAUUCUCUUAAACAAAUCACAGAAUGUCUUCUGGAGAUGAAUCAGGAAGUUGUGAAAGUGAUAUUGAACUGCAAGAAAGAUAUAUGGAAAAGCCAAGAACUCUUUGAGUUGGUUGAGGAGUACUUUGAGAAUAGCUUGCAAACUUUGGAUUUCUGUACUGCAUUAGAGAAGUGCCUCCAGAGAGCUCGGGACAGCCAGUUGCUUAUUCUCGUGGCCCUUCAACAGUUCGAUGAGGAGACCAAGCUGCCUGGGAACUGUUAUGAUAGGACAUUGCAGGAGCUGAAGAAUUUCAAGGCAGCUGGUGAUCCUUUCACUAAAGAGUUUUACCAAAUCUUUCAGUCUGUUUAUAGGCAACAGAUACUUAUACUUGAGAAGUUGCAAACCCGAAAACACAAGCUUGAUAAGAAACUUAAACUUGCACAUACUUGGAGGAAGGUCACUGGCACAAUAUUUGUGGCCACAUUUGCUGCUGUUUUGAUUUGCUCAGUUGUAGCAGCAGCCAUUGCUGCUCCGCAUGUUGCAGCUGCUCUUGCUGCUGCUGCUUCCGUCCCAAUUGGGUCAAUGGGAAAGUGGAUAGAUUCACUGUGGAAGAAAUAUGAAGAUGUGUUGAAAGGUCAGAAGGAAUUGAUAAGCUCAAUGCAGGCUGGUACCUUUGUUGCCAUAAAGGAUCUGGAUAACAUCCGGCUUCUAAUUGAUCGGUUGGAGAUUGAGAUUGAGUCUUUAAUUCAGAAUGCAGAGUUUGCCAUUGAAGUAGAAGCUGUGAAGGAAGCAAUAGAUGAGAUCAAGAAGAAGCUGGGAGUGUUUAUGAAGAAUGUUGAAGAACUGGGAGUCCAAGCUGAUACUUGCAGCCGUGACAUUAGGAAGGCAAGGACUGUGGUUCUGCAAAGAAUCAUAAAGCAUCCCAACAACUGAAGACUACCUUCUGUCUGUUUGUUUUGAAAUAACUCAUUAGAAGCAUUCUCAUUUGUAUUUAAUUCCUUGAUCUUAGCAUAUGUAUCUUCCGUCUGCGAACACGAGGCGUUCGUGUCUUAACAUAGUAAAAUCACACGCUGAAUUUAUUCAUUCUGUCAGUUGAGUCAGGUGGAAUUUCUUGUGCUUUUCAA